AUGAACGAUAUUUAGAAUGAAAAGGCCAAUAAUUAGCAAUAAUCUGCUCGAUUCAAUAAGUAGGAAGAUUAUUAGCUAAAUUCAAUUAUUGAUUUUUAGACCAUAAUCACCAACAAAAUACAAAUAUUUUAAAACAAUUUAAAUUAAUUAGUUAAUUUAAUUCAAGGGAAGUUACUUGAUUAAAGAGAAAGAGUUGAAGAAAAUGAUUUUUUUGAAGAAAUUCUAUUAUAUUGUCAGCCUUAUCUUGAAAAUAAAAUUAAUGAAUGCUAACAAUUAAUAGAAUUAAAAUAAAUCUAAUUAAAAACUUAUUUUUAAAAUUGUAGGAUGAAAUAGGAAGUAAAAAUUCCAACAGAAGUUGAAUGCUAAACAAUUAACAAUUUAAAGAGUAAUAGAAUUUAAAUUGAAUUAAAGUAAGUAAUUAAAUAAGAAGAAAUAUGUUGUACUCUUAUAAUUAACAAAUCAAAUACAAUUUUGAUAUCAGGAAGUGGAGAAUAAAUAAAAUUAUGGAAGAUUAAAGAUGGUGAAAUUUAAAAUAAUCCAUUAAUUUUAAUUGGACAUACUUAAAUAGUUACUAGUCUUUUAUAUAGCGAUAAUGAAAGAUAUUUUAUAUCUGGAAGUUACGAUGGUAAUAUUCGAUUGUGGAGGAAAGCUCAACCAAAUAUUUGGUCAUCAAAAAAUUAUUUUAUUCAUUAAUAAGGAGUUUUCGGAUUAUUAUUAAGCAAAAUUAAUCAGUAAAUUAUUAGUUUUGGAAAGGAUUCUAUAAUUAAUAUUAUUUAGUGUUGUACUAAUUAUGAAUUAAAGAUAAGUUAGAAAUUAAAUAAACAUUAAACUAUUAUAAAUUGUGUUUGCAUUAAUGAAUCUGAAUCUGUUUUAGCUUCAUCUGAUGAUUAAAAACAAAUAAUUAUUUGGGUAAAGGAUGAAAAGUUUUAAUGGUAAUUCAAAUAAAUAGUAAAUCAAUCUACAAAUGAUUUCUUUACUCGUAUGGUUUUUGUAGAUAAUUAUCUUAUCUGUUAAUAAUGGAGUUAACCAAUAUCAUAAGUAUUUAAUGAACAAGAUGGAUAUUACAAAUAAAGAGUUGAUCUUCAAAUUAAUUUAUCUGAAUAAAUAUGUGACGAAGAUCUACUCUUUCCUUCUAUCUAUCAUAAAAAAACAGGAAUUUUAAUUUAAAAAUAUGGUAAAUAUGUUUAUAUCCUCAAACUAUAAAAAGAAUUUUAAUUCAUUUAAGCUUGUUCGCCUAUUGAUUGUUUUGAUCCAUAUAAUUAUGGAAAUCUCAUAGAGGAUGGAAGGCUUUUAUUAAUCUGGAAUGAUUAUACAAAGGAAAUUCGCAUUUAUGAAUUGAAUUUAUUUUGA